CUCCCUCCACCCUCAGCUUCGACCAUCUCCAAUUCCAACAAUCCUGGUUCUUUGACACCUCCACUCGCCCGCAACGUUCUUAUCCCACCCCUUCCCCAACCGUCGAACUUGAUCGGCCGCCCGCUCAUAGGUACCUGUCCUUCAACGAACACCUCUCUCUACUGGUUUGAAACCAUCCCCUCCGAUCCGAUUAUCAGGGGCAACAUCAUUCCCAUCUUGGGUUCGUACCUCUUGAUGCCAGACUCGGCUUCCAUGGAUUCGGAAGCAGCAGACAUCCUAAACAAGAACGCACAAGAGCUGAAGAGGCUCAUCCGAGCGUGCGAUGGACGGACGGUUGAGCGGGUGACGGCGGAAUGGGCUUGGUGCAUGUCGAGGCUCGUCUCCAACGAGCAACCAUGCCUGGCUUUGCAUCAGGCAUCGCCCAUCGAUGCGGUCCCAGCCGGCAUACCUCUCAAACCAGCAUUCGCCUCGUCCUUCUUUCACUCGUGGCACCGAUACUGCAAGACCUGGGAUGUGCGCUUGCUUGUCCUAUGCACCGCUAGAAACAAUCAAAACGAGGUCGUCUGGGAACGACGUAGGGUUGUUCACGAGGACGAGAUGGUCUUUCACAGUCACGAGGCCUUGAUACACGCCCCUAUGCUGCAGGAUAUAUUUGGUGAUUCUCUUGCGGACGGACGCGCCGAUUUGGAAGGCUAUCGGUACGUCUCCACCCCGGGCGCUCUGUGGGAGAUUCCGGUAGACAUGCCGAGGUUGCUGCAAUUGACGUCAGGUCGACUCGCCUGCUUCGUCUCGGAUGACACGGUGACCUCGCUCGCCAUCCUCUCUUCCGGGCACAGCUUGAUCCUCCGACCCGGUGUCAAGUUGACCGUCUACUCGAUCGAGCCCAGCAUCAUGCAAUUCCGUGGCUUUCUGGACUACCGCUCCAUCCGACUCGUCAACCCCUCAUCCCCACGUAUCAUCCAGGUGGUAACUUGCUACAUGGGGAUGGCCUUGGAAGAAGGCACCUGGGACCCUACGGACAUCGAGAAAGUCCUCGCCGGUUUCAAACAUACCGAGGCCGAGGACGAAUUGGUUUCGAGUCUCCGUCAAAUGGCCAGAUUUGCGUUGGAUGACAAGGUGCUCGCACGGCCCGCACGAGGAUAGUGCAAUUCCCGAGCCUCGGUCCUGAAGACGCAGGCCUAGACACACAACAAUCGAGACAGUGUGAUACGCACGGACGCAACGACCGAUAAAACGCCUUAUAGUAACGAGGGAGAACAGAAUAUGCUCAAGGACGAAUCGAUAAAAUAACAGCAAGGCGGACCUAUGGCGGUGGUCGGCCAACCACACCGAUCGCCUUGCGUCAAAAGACCUGAACACUCGGCAAACGAGAUGCGGGCAGGAACAGCGGGACGGGAUUGACGAUAUAUACGAUGAUUCGAUUAUGACGACCGGGCUUUUGACGAUGUUAUUUUUUUAUGACGGCUUGUAACGAUGGUUCUGUAACGACCCUGUUUAGUAUACGAAUCGACAUUUCUCCUG